CCGCUGACUUCCGGUUCCUAGGGAUGCGCAUCCGGGUCACGCUAACGCCGCGGUUUCCUCCGCCCGCUUGGUUCUACUGUGGGUCUGGACCGGUCCCCAUGUCCUGUUGUGGGGCCUCUGCAUCGUGUAGACUGUGAAGACUGCUGAGAAGGACUUGGAAUCCAGUCACAUAAGCAUAAUAAAGAAAUAUUGGUCCUCAUGGAAGAAGAGCAGGAUUUGCCAGAGCAACCAGUAAAAAAAGCCAAGAUGCAGGAAUCAGGAGAGCAAACUUUAAGUCAAGUAAGCAACCCUGAAGUCAGUGAUCAGAAACCUGAAACUUCAAGCCUUGCUUCAAAUCUUGCCAUGUCAGAGGAAAUUAUGACAUGCACCGAUUACAUCCCUCGCUCAUCCAAUGAUUAUACCUCACAAAUGUAUUCUGCAAAACCUCCUUAUGCACAUAUCCUCUCAGUUCCUGUUUCGGAAACUGCUUACCCUGGGCAGACUCAGUACCAGACAUUACAGCAGUCACAACCCUAUGCUGUCUACCCUCAGGCAACCCAAACGUAUGGACUACCUCCUUUUGGUGCAUUGUGGCCAGGUAUGAAACCUGAAAGUGGUUUAAUUCAGACUCCAUCUCCAAGUCAACACAGUGUUCUUACCUGCACUACAGGGCUAACCACAAGCCAGCCAAGCCCAGCACAUUAUUCUUAUCCCAUUCAAGCUUCAAGCACAAAUGCCAGCCUGAUAUCUACUUCUUCUACUAUUGCCAAUAUUCCAGCAGCAGCAGUUUCCAGCGUCUCAAACCAGGACUAUCCCACCUAUACUAUCCUUGGCCAGAGUCAGUACCAGACCUGCUAUCCCAGCUCCAGCUUUGGAGUCACAGGCCAGACUAACAGUGAUGCUGAGAGUACCACAUUAGCAGCAGCCUCAUACCAGACAGAGAAGUCUAGUGUUAUGGUCCCCACACCUGCAGCACAGAGACUUUCCUCUGGAGACCCUUCUGCAAGCCCAUCUUUGUCCCAGAGUACACCAAGUAAAGAUGCUGAUGAUCAGUCCAGGAAAAAUAUGACUGGCAAAAACCGGGGCAAGAGGAAAGCUGAUGCCAGCUCUUCCCAGGACAGUGAAUUGGAACGGGUAUUUCUGUGGGACUUGGAUGAAACUAUCAUCAUCUUCCAUUCCCUUCUUACUGGAUCCUAUGCCCAGAAGUAUGGAAAGGACCCAACAGUAGUGAUUGGCUCAGGUUUAACAAUGGAAGAGAUGAUUUUUGAAGUGGCUGAUACACAUCUUUUUUUCAAUGACUUAGAGGAGUGUGACCAGGUGCAUGUAGAAGAUGUGGCUUCUGAUGACAAUGGCCAAGACUUGAGCAACUACAGUUUCUCAACAGAUGGUUUCAGUGGCUCAGGAGGCAGUGGCAGCCAUGGUUCCUCUGUCGGUGUCCAGGGAGGUGUGGACUGGAUGAGGAAAUUGGCUUUCCGCUACCGAAAAGUGAGAGAAAUCUAUGAUAAACAUAAAAGCAACGUGGGUGGUCUUCUCAGUCCCCAGAGAAAGGAAGCACUGCAGCGACUAAGAGCGGAAAUUGAAGUUUUAACAGAUUCCUGGUUAGGAACUGCAUUGAAGUCCUUACUUCUCAUCCAGUCCAGAAAGAAUUGUGUGAAUGUUCUGAUCACUACCACCCAGCUGGUUCCAGCCCUGGCCAAGGUUCUUCUAUAUGGACUAGGAGAAAUAUUUCCUAUUGAAAACAUCUAUAGUGCUACCAAAAUUGGAAAGGAGAGCUGCUUCGAGAGAAUUGUGUCGAGGUUUGGAAAGAAAGUCACAUAUGUAGUGAUUGGAGAUGGACGAGAUGAAGAAAUUGCAGCCAAACAGCACAACAUGCCUUUCUGGAGGAUCACAAACCAUGGAGACCUGGUGUCCCUCCACCAGGCUUUAGAGCUUGAUUUUCUCUAAGAACUGGAAUGAAGAGCCUUCCCCAUGAGCUCCUUUCCCUCCUGAAGGGAGCUAGAGACCAGAACCAACUGGGAACACACUCUGUCUCUCCUCCCCCCACCCCCUUUUUUCUCUCCUCCAUGGAAUGCCGGCGAGAACACAAUCAGAACCAACAUCUGUGAGCAACAAAGCUUAUUUUUGCUGAGUAAGCUGCAGUCCGUGUUCAUCCUCACAAGAAAAUAGGAGGCAGUUGGAUUGAGAGAAUAGACUCACCGCAGCUACAGUGCUUUUAAUUCCUCUAUUACUCUUUGUUUGUUUGUUGUAUUUUGUUUCACAAAAUGAAGAAAAAGAAAACUCUUGGGGCAGAGUUGCACUCUUAGUCCAUGACCAGUCUGCUCUUAACUUGUGGUAGGAUAAAUGCGCAGACUUUUAUAACAUCUCUGGCAGUCUUUAUAAUCUCCUUAGCUAUAGAACAUAUUCCCAGUGAAUGUAUAUGUUAUUUUUAUAGGUGAGGGUCUGGUCUCCGAAGCAAGUACCCCCCGCCCCUUUCUUUUCUAGCAAGAAAGGAGUGUGUAAAGUUUCCUUGAAAAAUAGUCAUUGAAAUAUCUAAAAUACCUCUCUGUGAUGAUAGCACCUCUUAGCUGCUCCAGGAUCUGAUCUAGAUGGUUUCCUUCCCGUUCUUCCAGCUCCUGGUUUGCUGAACUAUGGGGCACUGGACACUGAAUACCAUUAGACUUUGAUGUUUCCCCUCCUGGAAGCCUUAGAUUCCUUUUCCAGUUACUCUUCCCCCCUUUAACCAGACAGCACAGCCACAGAAGCUCCUCCUCUUAGCAGUAAAGUAUAGUCUUCAGCUUGAAUCUCUCAUUCAAAGACAAUGGCCCUGGAGGCUUACCCCAAACUGGAACGAAGGGACUAAGGCUUCUUGACUCUUUAAAUAGGAUGAUUCCACCUUUUCCUCCUGCGGAGAAGCACCCUUCCCCCAACAGACACUCGUCCCUACAACCGUCUCUUCCGUCUGAGUCAUCAAUGUGUGGCUCUUACCCCUUUCCUGUCCUCAGUCCUUCAUAGCCACCUCCAUGCAGUCUGGCCAAAGCUACUAAUGUAUUUGGCUUCCCUGGAAGCCCUCAAGCCCUCUGAAGGGUAUUCUGGGCAUAUAUUUACUCCCAGCUCUGCCUGAAGCUAAAGAGCAGAUUGCCAUGAUCAAAACCCAGUUUUCCCAUGGACUGCCCUUGCUGCUUCUCAAACGCCAUUCUGAAAUGGGAAACCAGAAGGCCAGAAAGUCUUUCCCUAAUUUCAGUGAGGGUGCUGGACCCUCUCCAUGCCGAAAGGUUAAUUCUCCUCCAUUCAAAAGGUUAACAUCUCACAGCCUGACCUCUGGGAAGUUUGGUGGAUGCCAGGCAUGAGUCCCAGCCCUCCAUCCCAACUGUUUGUGGCUGCUAUGUCCCUCAAAGGCCAACUUGGGCUUCUGCUCAGGCAGGAUAGACUCCCUAGAGCGGAGGAAGUUAAGGCUGCAGGGAGGUGACUGCGUAGGCACCUCAGAGCCAUGCAGCUGGGGCCCCAGUGGGAGAUGACCUUAACCAGGCCAGUUCUAACAGCAGUGAAGAGUUCCCUGGUUUCGCAUUUCCCUUACCAGAGAUACUGCAACACAAAGAGAUCAGACUCCUUCCAACGCCAGCACCCAGACAGAGGCAGCGGAGAGAGUCUGGCUGCAUUCCUCAGGGCUGGUUGAGAAAGUGGUUCACCACAGUUUUAGGAUCGAGGUGGUUGGAGAGGAGCUGUGGUCAAUGCUCAUUAUCCACCUGCCUCUUUGGCCUCGUUUCCAUGGGAGUGGAGGGGCAGGCUGAGGUUGCACUCCCCUGGUCUGUGUUGAUCAUAGCUGCCCAGAUGCUGCUCUGCCUCACUUGAUAGUUGGUCUCAGAAAGCUCUAGGAUGGGGCUUUCCUUCCAGGCCCAAGUGCUGCCCAUGCUGGCAGGGUAACUGCUGGUGUCUUGUCCUGGACAUGAGCCCUGGGUUGAUGCAGGCUUGUGGGCUCUGGAGUGGUACCCCAUCAAGCACACAGGCGUGCACACCUGCCCUGCCUGCCCCACCUUGUGGAGAAGUUUGCAAAGUUGUCCUAGAAUGUGACUUGGACCCCUUUUUCAGUGCAAAAGGAACUUGAAAUUGGCCAAAAAAAAUGAAGCUCUCUGAGCAGAGCGCCCUUUGUUCUUUCCUGGUUGUGCCCCCUCAUAGACAGGGCAAGCAGAAAAUGAGGGUUUCUUGGACCUUCUGCCAAAAUGAAUUGUUCCUGGGACACAGUGCUCUUCUUUCACCCUGUGCUUUCCUCCUCCCCAGCACAAAGAUCUGGAAAGGGAAAUGGAAGCACAAGAGUUCUUGGGAGCUGAGGGCCAAAGGAUACUGUGCGUCCUUCAUUAAGGAGGAAGCCCUUUUCACUGGAAGAGUCCCCAUCAAAUUGGCCGCAUGGGGAGGCCUUUCUCCCAGCUGGGCACGCAGGGCUUUGCAAGGUGGAGCUGUACACAGAGGCGAGGGCCCGCUAGUCGGGGGUCUGGAGUGGUCAGGUGUGUCCCGGGUUUAAGAGGUGGCUUGACUUCCGAAUGUAAAACUGACUGUGCCUUAGCAUCACCCUGUCCAGUGCCCCUGGGGCAGCUGGUGGUGUCCAGGAGAUUGGAUACCUGUUCCAGAUUUAGAUGCCUGUUUGGGCUUUUAUUUGGUUUGGGGUGUUCCUAUCUUCUGCUCUGCAAGUUGGGGGUGGGGAGGGCGAAGCUAGUGUCCCAAGAGACUUGUGCCACAGCUUGUUCGCAGUUUACAGAAACACAGCUUUAAAGCUUCUUUGGCAAACUCCAGUUGCAGUGUGCUCGCUUCGGCAGCACAUAUACAAACUCCAGUUGCAGCAUAUGGAGCUUCUAAACACUGGCUACCUUGAAUGGGUGCCACACCACUGAAGCCAGGGGCAGAGAGCACAGGGGCAGAGCCAUGUUCUCCCUCCUGGCAGUUAUGGUGUAAGCCGAGGGGUGGUGAGCUUGGGGCUUCUUUCCUUGCUCCUGCAGAAGGGAGUAGUUAGGGCUCCUCUUAACAGGGUUUCUAUUUCUCACCACUAAUUUGGUUUCCUUUCUCAUCCAAGAGUUGGAACUUCCCAGAUUUCACACUCUAGGAGCCAAAUCUGAGUUCUGAGAUUCGAAAAUGUCUGAAGCCACAAGAGAGAAAAUCUAGUUCUGUCCUGUCCCCAUCAGCAUGCCUCUGCCCCUCCCUCUCCUCUGAGUUAGACAGUUCUGGCAAGCAGGCUCCUUGGCUAGUUCCUAAUGCACUGACGGGAGCCCCCCAUCAAGGACGACUUCUGCUCAAAACGUGACCCUCUGGACUUCAAUGCCUCACUUAGUCGGAAAAGGCAUGAAUUGGAUUGGAUAUAUUUAUGUGACUGCGGGCAUUCGUGGCUGUAGAGUCCUUGACCAUAAUGUUAUAUGUAACGGGAACUCUUAUAAACUUGAAAAAAUAAAGUUUUUAUUUUCU